AUGGCGACAACGACACUAACAGAGACCGACACUCAAGACGCAACCAAGGCCCUUUUGGAUCGGGCCGCGCAAGCUCACACAAAGCCACUAUGGCUGCAGAUGGCGCGCCUCAACCCGCCCCAGCCAGACCCGCGAUGCGUCCCCCACGCCUGGCGGUACUCCCAGAUCCGGCCCAGCCUCCUCGAGGCAGGCGAGCUGGUAGGCGAGCACCAGGCGGAGCGGCGCGUGCUGAUGCUGGCGAACCCAAGCCGCGACCCGCCCUUUACGACCGACACGCUGUACGCGGGGUUGCAGCUGGUGAUGCCGGGCGAGACGGCGCGCGCGCACCGGCACACGGCGUUCGCGAUGCGCUUCAUCAUCGAGGGCGAGGGGGGUUUCACGGCCGUGCAGGGCGGGCGCAUCGCCAUGCGCCGCGGCGACGUUAUCAUCACUCCCCGCUGGAACUGGCAUGACCACGGCAAGGACGGGUCCGGCCCCAUGGUCUGGCUUGAUGGGCUUGACCUGCCCUGCUUCCAGCACUUCCCUGUGCAUUUCGUCGAGCACUUUGCUGCGCCGCGGUACCCGGCCGAGGAUGCUGACUCGGCUGCUUCGCCACUGGUGUUUCCUUGGUCGCAGAUGAAGGCUGGGCUUGAUGAGGUGCCCGGGGACUGGACUGAGUUGCGGUAUCUGAAGAAGGAUGGGUCGGAAGUGAGCAAGACCUUGGGCGGGGCCGCAACGCGUGUCAAUGCAGGGAAGAAGACUCCCGUUGUGCAGGAGACUGCGUCGUCCGUCUAUCAUGUGAUUGAGGGCUCGGGAUAUACCACUAUCGGCGACAGGAAGUUUUCCUGGGAAAGGGGUGACACUUUCUGCAUCCCUUCAUGGUAUCCGUACCAGCAUUCCGCAAGCGACAGCAGCGCUGGAGCGCCGGUGUACCUGUACCGCUUCGAUGACAAGCCUAUGCUCAACUCCCUUGGAUUCUAUAGGACGGCCGAUAUGGACAUUGAGUCGCUUGUGUCAACCUGA